UGAAGAAAAUUGUGUAGCAUACAUAUGCUUGAGCUCUAGUACUACUUGAGUAUCUUGUGCCAAUUCCUGCAUCAUGUCCCGUGUCUUUCUCGCACAUCCCAAGUCGCUCUCGCGCGUCACAAGUCUUUCCCGAAUAUGUCUCGCAUUGUUCUUCCUGCACCCUUGACGCCCAUCCCACGUCUUUUCUGCACGUCCAAUUUGUACAUUCGAUAUUUUUCGUAUCUCCCGCACUUCCGCCGUACCUCAUGCGUCGUCUCUGCUACACGGCUCUUCUUCCGGUGCCUUUGACGCUCAUCCCAAGUCUUUUCUGUGCAUCCGAUUUGCACACCCUAUAUUUUCCUGCAUCAUGCUGUAUAUCUCCCGCACUUCGGUGGCAUCCCCUGCGUCAUCUCUACUGUACACCUCAUACCUAUCUCAUGCACCUCUCCGGCACGUAUCCUACAUCCACAGGCUACCGCAUAUUUCAUGUCUCGUGUAUGGUAUCCCACACUAGUACUACUUCGCCUCCUCGCUCGGUCAUCUCAGUCGCUCGGUCUACUCGCCGUUGGCCUCACUAGGAAUACUAGUCACUACUCUGAGAGUACCCCCGUGGGUUGAUAUGUGCCUAAGAAAACAACUAUUUCCGUUAUUCCCUUAAAUGGACCGUAGAUUAGAGGCCGGGAACACGGACUCUGAAGCCUGGCGGUCAAGAAACAAUGACAGAAGUAAGUAUCAGAUCUAUCAUAGAUUCGAUUCACAAUAUUGGUUUUAGUCAGUGCCAGCAGAGUAUGGAUACAAGAAGCCACUGGGGAGCACUGUGGACUCGGAAGUAUGCAUUCAUGACUUAUUGCUAUGGCGA